GGCGUAUGCACUUUACCAAACAGAAUUGCAAAAGAAAACAUGAAGGAUAAGGGUGGGAGGAAGCUGAAAGUACUGUGUCUUCAUGGAUAUGGAUACAGCGGUGCAUAUCUCAAGAUGAGGCUUCAAGUGUGGCCUGCCAAUGUACUGGAAGCUAUGGAUUUUGUGUUCAUAGAUGCUCCUUUUCCAACUAACAAUAAACCAUUUCCAGCUUUUUCCUGGUUCAACUCUUCUCCUGAGGAUGUAGGUGAGUAUGAUAGGACGUUUGGUGAGUCUAUGACACUCAUUGAGGAAACUAUGGUGAAGUUUGGACCGUUUGAUGGGGUUCUCGGCUUCUCCCAGGGAGCUUACAUAGCAGCUGCUUUACCAGGGAUGCAAGCGCAGGGUGUGGCUUUAACUGAAGUUGAAGCUAUUAAAUUUGUGGUGGUUAUAUCUGGAGGCAAGUUAGGAGGCUCCAAGGUUCCGGCUCCUACGUUAGCCAAAAAUGCAUUCUCCUCUCCGAUUGAAAUCCCCUCGCUACACUGCUUUGGUGAGAAUGACUCAUUUGCAAAGUUACCAGCAACUGAACUUUUGGGAUCGUUUGUUGAUCCUUUUGUAAUAUUUCACUCCGGGGGUCAUGAGGUACCAAAAUUAGAUGAAAAUGGUUUGAAGGUUAUGAAAAGUUUUCUCCAUAAGAUUGAAACCAUACCUCCAGGCCGUGGAAUCUGGUCACGUCUAUAACUAAAUUUAUAACUGAUUAGCCAUGUAUUACACGAAAGGCUAGUCAAAUGCAUCAUUCAGCUUCCUGAUUUCAUUUCCGACAUCUUCUCCCUUCUCAAGAUCAAUUUCUUCAUCACGCGGCCAGUAAUCAAUAAUAAUGGACUCAGCUUUACCUGUUCCUUUGUCCUCUGCCUUGACAGUGAGUCGAUCGUUUGCAUCAAUUAUAAAUGUGACUUCUAUCUGAGGUGUUGCCCUGUCAGAAAGAGGACCAAAUCUGUUUUAAAUAUGUGUUCGAUAAUGUUUAAUUGAUUAUAAAAAUUAAAUGUAUGUCAAUGUACAAACUUUGGGGCAGGUGGUAUUCCAGAGAGGCUAAACUUUCCGAGUAGCCUGUAAUUCUUUGUCUUUGUAAA